AUGAUGAACCGUUUCAUGCCAACGAGCAGUACCACCGCCCCGUCCAUCUACGAGACCCUACGACAAUAUGAUAACGACUCCGAUGGCUCCGAUAUCGAGAACCGCGCCGGUAUGGCGGUUGAUGAAGAGAAUCUUGGAGACCAGUAUGCAGACUAUGAGCUGGAAGAUGCCCUCACGCACGCCUCUGAUAGUCAGUCUAGACAGAGCAGUCCGUUCUCACGCCGGUCGAGAUCUGCGCCGAGAGGAGGAUUUGGGAACACGACCAUGAUGACCGCUACGCCUGCUGGGGCAGAGGACACCGAAGAGGCCGACGAUGAAGUUCCGGCCUCGUUGCUGGUGGAGGGUAACGCGGUGCCAGUGUCACCUCUGCCGCCUCCGCCUUUACAACCUCGACGGUCAAGCGAUAUAGGCGAACAUUCACUCCAUCUUCGAGGCCCGUCAACGUCAAGCCAGACACGAAAUAGGUGGGAGACAGCUGCACCGGCUAUCCCCAGAAACGACCAGGAGGGACAUCCGCGCGUGUGGGGAGUAAAACAGCAUGCUGGGUUGGCGCUUGCGGAUCCGAAAGAGAAAGCUCUGUGGAGAUGGGCGAAUGUCGAGAACUUGGAUAAUUUCUUGCAGGAAGUCUACGAUUAUUUCCUUGGGAACGGUAUCUGGAGUAUAAUGCUAAGCAGGACGCUUAGCUUGAUAACCCUAGCUUUUGUUGUUGGCUUUACUACGUUUCUCUCCAGCUGUAUCGACUAUCGAAAGGUGCCCCAUAGCAAGACGAUGUCCCAGAUCAUCAUACCAGGAUGUGUUCGCAAGAUGUCCGGAUUUUCGACCUUCUUGCUCUGGCUCUUCACCAUAUUCUGGAUCGGGAAGCUGUUUCAAUACGCCGUGGACUUCCGCCGUCUUCGACAGAUGCAAGAUUUCUACCAGCACCUCCUCGGCAUUCCGGACGCAGACAUCCAAACCGUCUCGUGGCAGCAGGUUGUUAGUCGGCUGAUGGCUCUCAGAGACUCCAACCCGUCCACGGCGGCCGCUGUAUCCGCCAAACAUCGUCGCUUUCUAGGCAGUCAGUCUAAGCAGCGAAUGGAUGCACAUGAUAUUGCCAACCGCCUCAUGAGACGGGAGAACUACCUCAUCGCCCUCUUCAACAAAGAUAUCCUCGAUCUCACACUUCCCUUGCCUUUCCUCCGCAGCCGCCAACUCUUCUCCCGCACCCUGGAAUGGAACCUUAACCUCUGCGUGCUGGACUACGCAUUUAACCAACAGGGCCAACUCCGACCUCUUUUCCUCAAAGAUACACACCGCAAGGCUCUGAGCGAUGGCCUGAGGCGCCGCUUCAUCCUGGCAGGCUUCAUGAACAUCUUUGUUGCCCCUUUCAUCGUCACCUAUUUCCUCAUGCACUAUUUCUUCCGUUACUUUAGUGAAUACCAGAAGAACCCGUCCCAGAUCGGGUCGCGACAGUAUACACCACUCGCCGAAUGGAAAUUCCGCGAGUUCAAUGAACUCUGGCAUCUAUUUGAACGGCGCACGAACAUGUCGCGUCUUGCUGCUAACGAAUACAUUGCACAGUUCCCCAAGAACAAGACAGUCCAGUUUGCUCGGUUUGUAGCAUUUAUCGCCAGUGCGCUUGCAUCUGUCCUUGCACUCGCGACAAUCAUCGAUCCGGAGCUAUUCCUUGGUUUUGAAAUCACACACGAUAGAACGGCGCUGUUCUAUCUCGAUUUCUUCCGUGAAUUCACCGUUCACGUUGACGGGCUGGGAUAUGUCUGUUCAUUCGCAGUUUUCGACUUCAAAAAGGGCAACAAUGUCAUCCCGCAGGACCGUGAUGAUGCAAACCCUGGUGCGCCUGCAACCGGCUUACGAAACGACUAUUACUCUACCAAGGAUGGGAAAAUGCUGGCAUCCUAUUACGGAUUCCUAGACCAUUACUCUAGUAACCCUACCGCAGGCGGGACACACGCCUACAUGCUACAUCGACGGCAGAACCCACAAUCCUCGGCUCAGCCGGGGACCUACAAUAGGAUGAACAGCGGGGACCCAGGCAUGGACCGAUACGACCGUGGGCCGCAGCGAUCGAUACACCAUAUGUUCCCUAACCUGGGAAUGGCGAAUCUCAAAUCUCCUCCCCGCGAUCCAGCGGCUGUGGGAGGACCAAUCUCACCGCUGCCAUCGAUGCUCCUGGACUCCCAUCACCAGCCCUCCGCGUCCGGAUUCAGGUCCAUGAACCGUCUUCCGGGGCCAUCAUCCCGCGCCCGACCACCUCGCCAGGCAAACGCCAUGAGAGGCGCCAUCCCCGAUGCCAUUGAGUCCCAGGCCACGACACCGAAACUGACGGCCCGGGGAUCCAGCAAGACCGCAUCCAGCAGCAAGCUUGCAGUAGACGACAGCCAUUUCGAAGAGUCCUGGCGUAUGAACCUCGCCGCCGAUGUUGACGACGAAGAGGGAGAACCAGACGAGGACAUCAACGAGGUUGUCGAGGGCGCAGGCGUUCUGGGCUUGAUACAGCAGUUCCAGAUGGCGGGAAACGAAGGCCGUCGAGCAGUAGGAAUGUGA